UCCACUUUAAACUGAAACUAAAUGAGAUUACGAGUUAUAAAAGGUGUAAACAGGGAUCUCCACGCAUCACCUGAUAUCAAAGUCAGUUUUAUACAUAAAACUUAUAAAUUUACCUCAGGGAUAAAACACUGUGACCUAUGAGACAAACUUGAUAUUCCUGCAGGGGACGCUAAAAAGACAUUCUGUGAGGAACACAGCUCUUCAGGAGAACACGGGAGUAAAAGGAAAAUCAGUGCUUUUGAUGAUCAAGGUCCCAUUUCAGAGGAGGACAAAGAAACAUCUGCAUUGUCAUUUUUCAAGUCCAUGAAGGACAAUGGAAUCUGUUUUAGAGCUGCUUCAAGAUAUUCUAGAAGACCUGGAACGAGACAAUCUGAAGAAAUUUAGGAGUCUCUUAAAACAAGAUGGACCCCUUCGAGCUGGUAAACUGGAGGAUGCUGGUGUCACUGAUAUAGUGGAUAUAAUGAUGGAGCGUUUUGGAGCAGAAGAAGCUGUGAAGAUCACACUGAACAUCCUGAGGAAGAUGAAGCAGAACCAGCUGGCUGAAGAGUUACAGAGCAAGUACACUGAAGUGCAAAAAUCCUUAGAGCCAGCUGAGAAACACAUAAGAAAACAAGAGGAUUUCUGGCUGCAGGAAUUCAUGAAAACACACAAAAUAAACAUGAAGGAGAAAGUAGAACACAUUUUUGAGUGUAAAAAGGGAAAUGAAGCACAUCUCAAGGAUGUUUUCACAGAACUCUUCAUUACGGAGGGGGAUCUUAAAGAAGUCAAUCAAGAACAUGAGAUUAUGAAGAUUGAUGAAGCCAUUAAACCCCGUAAAUCACAGGACUGUUCAAUCAAAUGCAAUGAUGUAUUUGGUCGGAACAAAAAUAAGAAAAAGAUUGUUCUGACCAAAGGCAUUGCUGGCAUUGGAAAAACGGUCUCAGUGCACAAGUUCAUUCUGGACUGGGCAGAAGAAAAAGCCAAUCAGGAUAUAGACUGUGUUUUCCUUCUUCCAUUCCGAAGGAUUAACUGCAUUAAAGACCAAGAGAUCAGUCUGCAUGAGUUUCUUCAGAUAUUUAAUCCUGAACUGGAGGACCUGGAAACAGCAAAGUUAUGUAAGAUAUAUAAACGUAAUCUUGCAUUUAUCUUUGAUGGACUGGAUGAGAGUCGACUGCCUUUGGAUUUUGACAGUGGAAUGGUGAGGAGUGUUGAGAAGCGAUCAUCUGUAGAUGAACUGUUUACAAGUCUGGUGAAUGGGACUCUGCUUCCAUCAGCUCGUGUCUGGGUGACAUCACGACCAGCGGCAGCCAAUCAGAUCCCUCCAGAGUAUGUAGGGUUGUUCACAGAGGUGCGAGGAUUCACUGACCAUCAGAAGGAUGAAUAUUUCAGAAAGAGAAUCAAAGAUGAGACUCAGGCCUCCAGAACGAUCUCACACAUUAAGAAAUCUCGUAGUCUCUACAUCAUGUGUUACAUUCCUGUGUUCUGUUGGAUUACAGCCACUGUACUUUGGGACGUCCCCAUUGAGAACAAUGCAGAGAACAUCAACAUGACACUUACUGAAAUGUACAUCAUUUCCUGCUAA